GUAGUGACAGGAGAGUAAAUUACACUGGUUGUAUUUAUCUUGCUUGAGUUUGGAAUUAGUAGUAUUUUCCUAUUAAAUCACGUUUGCAUUAAUUUUAUUUACUCAAUUCUUCAUCGCUUUUAAAACAUGACAACCCUUCGACCUUUUACGUGUAAUGACUUGUUUAAGUUUAACAAUGUAAAUUUAGAUCCGCUUACAGAGACAUAUGGACUUUGCUUUUAUACACAUUAUUUGGCACAUUGGCCAGAAUAUUUUCAAGUAGCAGAAUCACCAAGUGGAGAAAUUAUGGGUUACAUUAUGGGAAAAGCAGAAGGUCAAGCGGAAAAUUGGCAUGGCCACAUAACAGCUCUUACAGUUUCACCUAAUUAUAGAAGACUGGGUUUGGCUGGAAUGUUAAUAGAAUUUUUAGAAAAAGUUUCGGAGAAGAAACAAGCAUAUUUUGUAGAUCUGUUUGUGAGAGUUAGCAAUAAAGUAGCAAUCAAAAUGUACCAACAGUUGGGAUAUAUUGUAUAUAGAACUGUCUUAGAAUAUUAUAAUGGAAACCCAGAUGAAGAUGCUUUUGACAUGCGAAAGGCACUUUCAAGAGAUGUGAAAAAGAAAUCAGUAAUACCAUUAACUCAUCCUGUAAGACCUGAAGAAGUAGACUGAAUCUAUGAUUAUAUUGCUGUGGACUUAAUGUAAAAUAAAUGAUACAUGUUAUGAC